UUGUCUGUGGUGCUGAACGGAUUGUUGGUUUUCUCGCUGCAAGCCGUUUUAUUAUUUAAAAUAUCUAGAUUUAGUUGAAAUACCAUUAGUUUUCUUUUAUUUUCCUGUGUUACUAACAACUGACAAAAUUGCUUCCACAAUGACUGUGACGCGGGUGGCGGAGUCCCGCACAGAAUUCAAACUAAAGAGUCUGCCUGAGGACGCUAUUUCUAGCGUGAAAUUUGCGCCGAAAUCGAAUCAGUUCCUUCUUUUAUCAUCUUGGGACUGCUCCGUGAGAUUGUAUGAUGUCGUGGCCAACGUGGAGCGCCAUAAAUACAGCCACGAGUUGCCUGUGCUCGACGUGUGUUUUAGGGAUGCCGUCCACACGUAUAGCGGAGGACUGGAUCAAACUCUCAAGAUGUACGACCUGAAUGCGAGUUCCGAGACGGUGCUAGGGGAGCACAAGGGUGCUAUUCGUUGCGUGGAGUUUGCGAACGAAGUGAACGCCGUACUGACGGGCAGCUGGGAUGGCACUGUGAAGAUGUGGGACAGCAGAGUGCCCAACUGUGUUGGUACCUACAAUCAAGGAAAUGAGAGGGUAUACACAAUGAGCAUAGUUGGUGAAAAAUUCGUAGUUGGCACUUCAGGACGCAAGAUAUUUGUGUGGGAUGUCCGUAACAUGGGGCAUGUGAACCAAAGGCGUGAGUCCUCCCUGAAGUACCAGACAAGGUGCAUCCGAGUAUUCCCCAACAAGCAAGGCUACGUCUUGAGCUCCAUCGAAGGCCGAGUAGCUGUUGAGUACCUUGAUAGCAAUCCUGAGGUGCAAAAGAAGAAAUAUGCCUUUAAAUGCCACAGAAUCAAAGAUGGCGGCCUUGAAAAAAUCUAUCCAGUCAACGCAAUAAGCUUCCACUCGCUAUACAACACAUUUGCAACCGGUGGCUCUGAUGGUUAUGUCAACAUCUGGGACGGCUUCAACAAGAAGCGACUCUGUCAGUUCCACAGAUACAACACUGCGGUGUCAUCGCUCAGCUUCUCACAUGAUGGCACUGCGCUAGCGAUAGCAUGCUCCCAACUAGAUGAAAGUCAAAUCGAAGACCCCAAGCCUGAGGACACGAUCUACAUUAGAUAUGUAACGGACCAAGAAACCAAGCCAAAAUGAGGCGGAUAUUUUACCCGAUAGACAACAGGCUGAUAUUGGGUGUAGUUAGUGUUUAUGUUUGUUUCGUUAACUGCGUAUUGUGAUAUAAUGUUAGCUAAGCCCUUGUGUGCACAAUCCAGGGUAAUAAGAUUGAGAUUUUUUUCCCAAAUCAUAAUUCAUUGCAUUGUGUUCUUUGUCCAGUAAUGACGAAUUGUUAAAGCAAUUUCAAUUAAUUUGUAGUGUAAUAAAUCUCAAAAGAAUGUAUGUGGCCAAUAUCGUCUAUCGGGGGUGUAAAUGAGUUAGUUCGAACUGA